UAUUUGCAUAAUUUGUAUUGACAAAAGAUGAGAAUCCAGAUGAAGAUGAAAUCCUAUUCUUCAUUUUUCUUCAUGCUCCUCAUUGCAGCCUUUAGCAGCAUACAGGUAAGCUUAGCAGACUGUGAUAAUCUACAGGACACAUGCCCCACAUCAGAAAAAAAGACAGCAUUCAUCAAUGGCCUCUCCUGCAAUAACCCAGCUAACAAAUCUGCUCAUGAUUUCAAGACCAUGGAAUUAAGCAAAGCUGGUUCAAGAGACACGUUUGGUUCAUCAGUCAACAUUGUCACUGCUUCAAAGUUCCCUGGCCUCAACACUCUUGGGAUCUCAAUCGGUAGAACGGACAUUGAAACAGAUGGAAUCGUGAACCUCCAUAAUCAUCCAAGAGCUAGCGAGAUGAUCUUUGUUAACGAAGGUGUAUUGGAAGUUGGGUUUCUCGAUACACAAAACAAGCUUUUCCAGAAGGCUUUGAAGGAAGGUGAUGUGUUUGUGCUCCCUAAGGGCUUGUUCCAUUACUUUCUAAAUCGCGGUGUAGAAGUUGCAACUGUGUUUUCUGUGUUUAAUAGCCAAAAUCCAGGGUUCCAGUCUCUUACACCCAAACCUUCUACUUCUGAAUCAGUUGAGAAGAUAAAGAGGAAGCUUGUAUCACUUUCUGAAUUAGAGCUUGAAAGUGUAAAUGACUUGAGUUUGGCCGUGUCGGAGAUUAUUUACAGUUAAUUGUUUCAGUGUUUUGUAUCAUGAUUUGAUUUGAUUUGGAAAUUGACUUUCAAAACUUAGUUCUAUUUAUUGCAUAAUGUUAAUAUUUACAUUGAAGGCAUGCUAUAUCAGUUGCUGGUAUUGUGGCUAUUGAUGAUAUGGAUUAUGAUAAUGAUAUUUGUAGUUUGAAAUCUGAUUUCCUCAACUCGUUAUUAUUUUGCAUGUGUACACACUAUUUGUCUUCCUUCUUCAGGUUUCCUACUUUCUAUAUCCUUCUUCUCUUUAUAUUUAUCUUUUUAUUAUACCUCACCCACUCCAUUUACAGGUAUACAAUUUUUUCCUUACAGUUUCUUGACAAAACAAUCCCUUUUUGAAUGGGGAGAGAUAGUGUGACAAAACAAAUUAAGUGUUCAAUUUUGUAAGUAU